UCAGUCACCGAUUUGAUCCCCCCCCCCAGCCAAAGUGAUGUCUGGCCGCCCAGAGAGCAGAUCCAACUCUUGCAGUAGCCGCUCAAAUAAUCCCAACAACCCGUCCUUGUCGGCUCGAACUCCAGGCUGGACCCAAGGCUCCAAGGACACCCACGAGGUCAAGGGCUCCCGCCUCCGCACCCCCAGUAGCUCAGACUUCAGCUCCUGCAGCAGCCACUCAGAGCCUUCGUUGAGUGUCAUCUCCCCCAAACUCCUCAAGGGGGGAGUGUGCAUGGGCCGGCCCUACAACUCCAAGUGCGUGGAGUCAAGUCAAUUGGAGAAAGGCUCCAAGGUGGCCAGGAAGACCUCUUACCAGCCCUCUGAGGGCAGCCCCAGCUGCUUGCUCUGCUCAGAACGGCCUUUGGGCCCCACCGGCUCCAGCUUCUUGGACCAGCUCAUCAAAGGCAUCAACUACCUGGACCGAUCUACCAACGCCUUCUACAGCAACUGCCCCAAAACGCUGAGCCUGCCGCGGCUUGCUGCCAGCUACCUGGAACGAGCUGCCAACUCCCUCUACCUGGACCACAUGGAACGCACUUCAGCCCGAAGUUACUCCGCCCCCAGCGGCAGCCUGCACGCCAGGGAYGGCUCCAAAAACAGCACCUGCAUGGUGUCAUCCACUAGGGGCGCCAACGAGCUGCAGUGUCUGGCCRGCUCCACCAACCAGAGCUGUCCCCACCAGCAUCAUGGCCACAACUUGACUUCCAUGCGGCAGAGGCCAGGCAUCAAGUUGACGGAGCUCCCCUUGUUUGGCAAUGGGCUUUUCUCCUUAGAUCGUCUGCCCAAGUUCUGGGAAGCCAUCCGCUCYGGCUGGAGUGCCCCUGAGCCCGCCUCCAAACCUUCCAACUGGUGGUAA